AGGAAGACACCCCUCCAUCUGUUCGCAGUUCAGCCUGUUUCCAGUUUAAAGCACGGAUUUCAAUGCAAACAUCAAUUUCUUCUCCCUGUUUUAUAUGCAAAGCGAACCUUAGGAAUCACAGCUAUACUGCUACUGGGACCCCUACCAAAUUUCUCCCCCUCCCCCAAAAUCGCAGGCUUUUCAUUUGAAUACCUGCUUACAGUGGUAUACAAUGGACAGCUUUGAGAAGAAAAAUUGAUAAUCUUCACGGAAGAGUAAUUUGAAUGAAAUUACACUUGACAGCCUGUCUCCAAGCAAGCAAGGAGAGUGAGGGGCGCCUUAGCUGAGUUCCGAGGACCUGCAUUAAACCAUUAAAGCUCUCGGAGCUUUCUGGGGAAAAUAAAUUCACAGUUUUCCCACCAUCUGUGCAAGGCGUUUGAUUAAACCUGUGCAGCCGUUUCUAGUGAAGAAAGGUAGCCAUGGAAGAAAAUAUGGAAGAGGGACAGACACAAAAAGAUAUGGGCAGUAGGACAGGGAGAGAGGAAGAAAUCUGCUUGGUUAACAUGCACCUCACUUGUCAUCGUUUAGGAUGCUUUGAGUGCUGCAUCAAAUGCUUGGGGGGCAUUCCUUAUGCCUCAUUGAUUGCCACCAUCCUGUUGUAUGCUGGAGUUGCACUCUUCUGUGGCUGUGGUCAUGAAGCACUCUCGGGAACUGUCAACAUUCUUCAAACCUACUUUGACAUGGCAAGAGCUGCUGGGGACACCAUUGAUGUCUUUACCAUGAUUGAUAUCUUCAAAUAUGUGAUCUACGGAGUAGCAGCUGCCUUCUUUGUCUAUGGCAUCUUACUGAUGGUAGAGGGUUUCUUUACAACUGGAGCCAUCAAGGAUCUCUAUGGGGAUUUCAAAAUCACGACCUGCGGCAGAUGUGUCAGUGCCUGGUUCAUCAUGCUGACAUACAUCUUCAUGCUCGCCUGGCUGGGAGUUACAGCUUUCACCUCUCUGCCCGUUUACAUGUACUUCAACCUGUGGACUAUUUGCAAAAAUACCACAGCAAUGGAUGGGGCACCCCUCUGCUUGGAUCUCCGUCAGUUUGGUAUUGUAACAGUUGGAGAAGACAAGAAGAUUUGUUCCACAUCUGAUAAUUUCAUUAGAAUGUGUGAAUCUACUGAGCUGAACAUGACAUUCCAUUUGUUUAUUGUGGCGCUGGCCGGGGCUGGAGCAGCAGUCAUUGCUAUGCACUACAAGAAUGACUGUCCUGAGUUGUGCACUACCCCAACUGCGUUUCUUGCUUACCUCGGACCUGGGAGGUGCCAGGGCAAUCUGAGGCAAAUCUACGUGAGGAGGCAACAGAUGAAUUCCCACAGCACCUCCCAGGUCCUGAGCCCACUGCCCAUUGUCUCAAAGCAGUCCUUGGACACUCCCCACCCUUAUAAUCCCACGAGGCAGAAAUCCCCUGGCCUCCCUCUCCCCCGCGCCUGA